GGUGGAAGACGUCCACACGGAAGACAGUCGGACGUGCGGCUAAUCUGCAGUGCAGUCUGGGAGCUGUCAGUCCUUUAGCAUUGUGCCGCUGGCGAUGGCAGCCACUCUGUGUUUACCGAUCAUUCACGCACCGCGGGACUGUUGGAAGAUAGAUAAGAACGUGUAGGAUGUAAUUUCCUCUCCGUCGCGAUCAAAGCGUACUUCACGGGCUACCUGGAAGCUUUUAACGACCUGACACCGGAGCGGGCCCCAUCUUUAAACAUUCCGCUAAACAGCUAGCUUUCCUGACGCUGUCAGCUGUUUUUUACUCAUCGAACUGGAUAUAUGAUUGAAUGGCAGUUUUUGUUUUCUAACGGGGUGGUGCUCUUCUGUAUGACCGGUGUUGCACAUUAGUUCCAACCCGCCAGGAGAAUGAAUGCAGAGGAAGUGGAGCUGCUCAGUGACUCCAAAUACAGGAACUAUGUGGCAGCCGUGGACAAAGCCCUCAAGAACUUUGAGUACUCCAGCGAGUGGGCUGAUCUCAUCUCUGCACUGGGCAAACUUAACAAGGUUUUGCAGAACAAUGCAAAAUAUCAAGUUGUUCCCAAGAAGCUGACAAUAGGCAAACGCCUGGCCCAGUGCCUCCACCCUGCCCUGCCCAGCGGGGUGCAUCGCAAGGCCUUGGAGACCUACGAGAUCAUCUUCAAGAUCAUUGGGCCCAAGAGGCUGGCCAAAGACCUUUUCCUGUACAGCUCUGGGCUCUUCCCUUUACUCUCCAAUGCUGCUAUGUCUGUGAAGCCUGUGCUGCUGGGGCUCUAUGAGACCUACUAUCUGCCCCUGGGAAAGACCCUGAAACCGGGCCUGCAGGGUUUACUGACUGGAGUCCUGCCUGGUCUGGAGGAGGGGUCAGAGUACUACGAUAGAACCAACACCUUGUUGGAGAAGGUGGCUGCAGCGGUGGAGCAGUCGGCCUUCUACAGUGCCUUGUGGGGCAGCAUCCUGACCAGCCCUGCCGUUCGCCUCCCUGGGGUGUCUUUUGUUCUGCUGCACCUCAACCGGAAGCUGUCCAUGGAGGACCAGCUGUUUGUCAUGGGCAGUGACAUUGAGCUCAUGGUGGAGGCAGUAUGCACGUCUGUCCAGGACUCCAGUGUUCUGGUGCAGAGGAGCACUCUGGACUUGAUCCUCUUCUGCUUCCCCUUCCACAUGAGCCAGGCGACUCGACCCGACAUGAUCCGAAUCCUGUCAGCAGCUUUGCAUGUGGUUUUAAGAAGAGACAUGUCCUUGAACCGCAGACUCUACGCCUGGUUGCUGGGCUUUGACAACAACGGGGGGGUGGCAGGCCCCCGCAGCACUCGGCAGAGCAACCCAGAGGAGCACGCUACUCACUACUUCAACAGCUUCUCUAAGGACUUGUUAGUCCAGGCAAUGGUUGGAAUUCUCCAGGGUAAGGCGCGCGGGGGGGAGGAGGAGAGCAUCCUCAUGCACGACCUCAAGCCCUUUCGCAUCCUGAUCAGCCUACUGGACAAACCAGAGCUCGGGCCCGCCAUCCUAGAGGAUGUUCUGAUUGAGGUUUUUCGGACUCUUUACACACAAUGCAGGAUGGAAUUAGAUCUUCAGAACCAGAGUCCAUUCAGCAAAGAUCACACACACCUCAGCAGCAAACUUAGAGAGAACAAGAAGACAGCCGAGCUGAUUAAAACAGCAAACCUCCUGUUCAACUCGUUUGAGCCGUACUACAUGUGGGACUACAUCGCUCGCUGGUUUGAGGAGUGCUGCAGGAGGAAGGUGACCAGCGGCUCACACUCAGCUCGGCAUGCUGGGAGCGUGGCGUCUCCUGAGCUUUCUUUGGUGGAGUUCUGUCGAUUAGUUGAUUUUCUGCUGGACAUUGUUUCCUUGCCCACUAGAAGCAUGAGGGUAAUCUGCCAGGAGACGUACAUUGAAAUCCAGACAGAGCACCUUCCUCAGCUGCUGUUGCGGAUGGUGGCAGCUCUGACCAGUCACCUGCAGGCCCUGGGCCUUGGGGAGCUCACCCACUGCCUCCGACUCUGCUCCAAGAUCCUCAGUAAGGUGCAGCCUCCUCUGGUGUCUCCGCUGGCUCUGCCUGCGAACCCACAGGCCCAGGGCUUCUCUGGUACCGGCAGCUCGUCUAACUCGGCAAGGGACGGUGGACGAGACGAGGACAACAAACAGACUCUCCCCUCCACCCUGGUGGUACCUGGCAGUGAAUACGUGUUUGAAGACGGUGAACGCCUUCCCAGCAGUCGCUCCCCUGAAAGUGGCUUUACAGACUUUGUCCAGUACCAGGAAGACGGCUCUGAGGACACCGAGCGAGCCCCUCACCCCCACCCAGCACUCAGGACGGGCGGCCACUUCACAGGCCCUUGUCAGACCAAGCUUCUGGAUAAACCCGUCAUGCAGUGCUGUCUGGAGCACUUCCAGCAGUUCCUCUCCCGCCUCGUCACCUUGUAUAUUGUCCCCGUGCGGGUGGACGAAGCUGAGGGACAGAGACGAGAGCUCGUGCCUUCUGGACCUGUGGUUUCGGACAGCUGCCAGCACAGCGAUCUUACAGAGUUGGGGGCAAUCCAACGAGAGCGUGUUUCUGCCUUCACCGCUGCCUGUCAGCUCUUCUUGGAAUGUUCCAGUUUUCCGGUCUACAUCGCAGAGGGAAAUCUCAAAUCCUCACCCACACAGGAAGUACAGCUCGACAAUCAGCAGGUCCGGCUGCCCGUGUGGCUGCAGACACUGAUGGAUGCCUGCUGCCUGGCCAGUGACUUCAGCCUCCAAGGUGUUGCCAUCUCUCUCCUGAUGGACCUAGUAGGCCUCACACAGUCAGUUGCCAUGGUGACCGCUGAGAGUGCGGCAUCACGCGACAACUCGGACUCCGCCCAGCCAAUGAGUCCCAGCCAGGGUCGAGUGGCUGUGGUCAUAAGGCCUCCUCUCACUCAGGGAAUCCUGAAGCACAUUGCAGAUAAAACCGACUUCUUUAAGAGUGUUGCUCUGAUCUUGUGGAACCAGCUGAGUGAAGGGACUCCUCAACAUCAUCAGCGCAGCGUGGAGCUCUUCUAUCAGCUCCACAACCUGGUUCCUUCCUCUAGUAUCUGUGAGGAUGUCAUCAGCCAGCACCUCAUGCACAGAGACAAGAGGAUUCGUCUGGAGGCCCAUGUGAGGUUCUCCAUUCUGUGGCAUCUGACACGAGAUCUGAACAUCACCAAGUCGUCUCCUUUUAGCCGGACGUUUGACAGGUCUCUCUUCAUCAUGUUGGACAGCCUGAGUUACUGGGAUCCAUGUACCAGCGCGGUCGGUCGGGCUUGGCUAAAUCAGGUCCUUCAGAGGCAUGACAUUGCACGAGUCCUCGAGCCUCUUCUCCUCAUCCUGCUCCACCCAAAAACUCACAGAGUCUCCAUUCAGAGGGUUCGAGCACAGCGCCACUGGGCUCAGGUGUUUCCUGACCCACCUGAGCAGGAGCCAUCAGAAGCCAUCUACAGCAGAAACGCCGGGCUUCCUGACCACUUGUGCUCGAUCCCGUGUGAAAGAGUUGGACCGGAGGAGUUCGGAGGUUUGAUGAUGGAUGACAUGGAGCCCUUCUGUCUGACCGUCAACCCGUUGAGUGACAGUUUGUCUAUUCUCAGCUUGAGCAGUGAGAACUUGCAGUUAGCUGGUGAAUAUCACCCAUCGGGCCAGCAGGGGGAGCCUCGGAGCUCUGAAUCCAGCGGCUCCCAUUCGUCCACACUGGAAAAUGGUAGUUUUGAUGAACCUGAGGGAGUCAGCGGCAUGUUAAAUGGGUCGGACCAGCAGCCUGGUUUCUCUGAUGACACAUCUGAAGACUCAAUAGAGGAGGCCGCGUACUGCGUCAUAAAGGAACUCAUCGACAGAGUUCUGAUUCUGGUAGAUGAGCAAUCUCAUGAAUCACCAUCUCCACCUGAAAACUGGCCCCAGUCUGAUUCUGAAAGCACUUCUUCAGACACCUCCGUCUGUCCCCGUCUGGACCCCUGCCUUUCUCAUAACUCCAACCACCAGAAUGUUCCCGAGAUGUUGGCUGAAGGCACACUGGAGUUCCUCUGUGUUACACCCGCUGAUGCAUCAGCAGAGGAGCAGCAUAAGGAGGGUAUUGCGCGCCAUAGUUCAUCGCCCUCCAUCGUCACGUUGCCAGACGGCUCCGACCCAGCCACUCGGGACCACACCCUGCAGGUGGAUGACCCUCGAGCUCGCAAGCGUAGCCACAGCAGCACCCAACUGAGCCUUAAGGGGAAGAUUAUGGAGAGGCUAGCAGACAAAUCGCCUGGGGCGAAGCCAAGGAUCAAGAAGACUAAGAGGAAAGAGGAGGAGAGGCAGAGAAAAGCAGCAAAUCAAGCAGAGAAAAUGCAUCCACCCAGCAUUUUCUUUGGGGACAGUCUAGAUCUGGAGAACUGGUACAGCUGUGGUGAAGGUGAGGUAUCAGAGAUUGAGAGUGAAAUUGGCUCACCAACUGGGGGUUCUGGGGAGAGUGUUGGUGGUUCCGUCGCCACAGGCCGCAGAUCCUCCUCAGCUCCUCGUUUUAACAUCCACCCUCUCUACCAGCAUGUCCUGCUCUACCUCCAGCUGUACGACUCCUCCAGAGCCCUCCACUCUCUGUCCGCCAUCGCAGCCAUGCUACGAGCUGCCCCCUCAGGCUUUGUGAGUGCCAUCUCCACCACCAGCAUCAACAACACCUACACGCCACAGCUCUCCUUGCUUCAAAACCUGCUAGCUCGCCAUAGGAUCUCUGUCAUGGGCAAAGACUUCUACUGCCCCAUUCCCCAGGACUCCCAUUCCCACACCUUCCGCAGCGCUAUGUACCUGGAGAUAAUCAUCUCACUCUGCCUCUACUUUCUAAGGAGUUACUACUCUGCACAUGUGACAGUGGGCUCUCAGGACUUGGCAGGAAACCGGGCCAUGCAGCUUACCAGUGUGGAGGUCCUGACCCUCCUUUUCAGCGAGCUAGCCAAAGUCACAGCUGGCUCAGCUAAGGGCUUUGCUAGCUUCAUCAAUGAUGUCCUCUCAAAGUGCAAAGUUCAGAAAGUCAUUCUUCAUUGCAUCCUUUCCUCCAUAUUCAGUGCUCAGAAGUGGCACGAGCAGCGGGCGGCUGGGGUUAACGUGGCCACGGUGGAGGAAGGUCUCUCAGAGGACAGCGUCAUCAACCUGUCAGAGGACCAGAUAGACAGCUGCAGCGCCGUCCAGUCUCAGUUACUCAGGCUGCUGCAGAGUCUAGUCGUCCUUGAGCAUAGGGUCCUGAUGCCGGCUGAUGAAGGUGGUGAAGGUGGACCUGUGGGAGGAGGAGCAGGUGGAGGGUCAGUAGGAAGCGGUGCAACAGGGUUUGAGAUCCUGGGUGGGGAAGUGGAGCACGUCAACCCUCAGCAGCCAAUGACUUCGCUGCAGUACCUCCACGGACAGCCAAUUACGGCACAGGGCAUGUUCCUGUGUGCAGUAAUCAGAGCGCUGCACCAGCACCACGCCUGUAAGAUGCAUCCUCAGUGGAUCGGACUCAUCACGGCCACCCUGCCUUACAUGGGGAGGGUGCUGAGGAGGGUGGUGGCCUCGGUUACUCUGCAGCUGUGCAGAAACCUGGAUAAUCUGCUCCAGCAGUACCGCUAUGAGACCGGGAUAAUGGACUGCAGACCUCAGUGGCUGGCGCUCUGCAUUCCUCCAGACCUGGUUCUGACUGUGCUGGAGGGAGUGACCUCUAUCAUCCAUUACUGUCUGCUGGAUCCCUCCUCCCAGUACCACCAGUUACAUGUGAGUGUGGACCAGAAGCACCUGGCUGAGGCCCGUUCAGGCAUCCUGUCCAUCCUCCACACCAUCAUGUCCUCUGUCACCUUGCUGUGGAGCAUCCUCCACCUAGCUGACAGCUCAGACAGACCAGCGGCUGCUUCAGCCGCCUUCACCUCCAACAUCAACCUGGGCUCCACAAAGAACCUCCGUCAGCAGAUUCUGGAGCUGCUGGGUCCAAUCUCCAUGAACCAUGGCACCCAUUUCAUGGCAGCAAUAGCUUAUGUCUGGAACGAGAGGAAACAGGUCAAAGCUCCAGUCAGAAAUAAGGUGAUUCCUCUAGCCAGUGAGGAGCAGCUGCUGCUGGUUGAGCUGGUCCGCUCAGUGAGCGCCAUGCGCACCGAAACCGUGAUCCAGACGGUCAAAGAGGUGCUGAAGCAGCCGCCGGCCAUCGCAAAGGACAAGAAGCACCUCUCUCUGGAAGUCUGCAUGCUGCAGUUCCUCUAUGCCUACGUCCAGAGGAUCCCCGUUUCUAGUCUGGUUGACAGCUGGCCGUCCCUGCUAGUACUGCUGAAGGACUCAGUCCAGUUGGGCCUGCCUGCUCCGGGACAAUUUCUCAUCCUGGGAAUUUUGAAUGAGUUCAUUUUGAAGAAUCCAAAUCUGGAAAGUAAGAAGGACCAGCGAGAGCUGCAGGAUGUUACCCAUAAGGUGGUGGAGGCCAUCGGGACCAUAGCGGGCUCCUCUCUGGAGCAAACCACUUGGCUCAGGAGGAACCUGGAGGUGAAAGCAUCUCCUCAGAUCGUUGUGGAUGGAAGCAACCUGGAGGCAGACGUAGAAGAUUUAAUGCUCACGGUGACUGAGGCCUCCAGCUUCACUCCCUCUGUGUACAGCGUUCAUGCCCUCAUGCUGUUGGCUGAGGUGCUGGCUCACCUGUUGGACAUGGUGUUCUACAGUGAUGAGAAGGAGAGGGUCAUCCCCCUGCUGGUCAACAUCAUGCAUUAUGUAGUACCCUACCUCCGCAACCACAGUGCCCACAAUGCUCCUAGCUACCGGGCUUGCAUCCAGCUGUUGAGUAGCCUAAGCGGGUACCAGUACACCCGCCGUGCCUGGAAGAAGGAGGCCUUUGACCUCUUCAUGGACCACACCUUCUUCCAGAUGGAUGCCUCCUGCGUGAGCCACUGGAGAGCAAUCAUCGACCACUUGAUGACUCAUGAUAAGACCACAUUCAGAGACCUCAUGACUCGGGUGGCUGUAGCUCAGAGCAGCUCUCUGAGUUUGUUCACCAACAGAGAUGCUGAGCUGGAGCAGAGAGCCAUGCUGCUCAAACGUCUUGCCUUUACCAUCUACAGCAGUGAGGUGGACCAAUACCAGAAGUACCUGCCAGACAUACAAGAGCGUCUGGUGGAGAGCCUACGCCUGCCUCAGGUGCCCAUCCUUCAUGCUCAGGUGUUUCUUUUCUUCAGAGUUCUGCUGCUACGCAUGUCACCUCAACAUCUCACGUCACUGUGGCCCACCAUGAUCACUGAGCUGGUUCAGGUGUUUCUGUUGAUGGAGCAGGAGCUAGCAGCAGAUGAGGACAUCACCAGAACGUCAGGGCCGUCGGUUGCUGGGUUGGAGACCACCUAUUCUGGAGGGAACGGCUUCUCCACCUCCUACAACAGUCAACGCUGGCUCAACCUCUACCUCUCUGCUUGCAAGUUCCUGGAUCUGGCCUUGGCCCUGCCUCCUGAGAGCCUGCCUCAGUUCCAGAUGUACCGCUGGGCCUUCAUCCCUGAGGCUUCAGAUGACUCAGGGUUGGAGGUGAGACGUCAGGGGACACACCAGAGGGAGUUUAAGCCCUACGUGGUCCGCCUGGUGAAGCUGCUGAGGAAACGAGCGAAGAAAAACCCAGAGGAGGAUUGCUCGACUCGAACCCUGUCCUGGGAGCCAGGUCACUUGAUGCUGACUCUCUACGUUAUCCGCAGCAUGGAGCAGCUGCUGCCCUUCUUCAACCUGCUUAGCCAGGUGUUUAACAGCAAGGCCAGCUGUCGAUCAGGGGCCACCUUCACCCACAGCCCCGCUGACUCCUCCUUCCCCGGCAGUAAGGAUGGACAUAAGCUGGAGAGCCAGAAGGUCUUCUGGAGUCGAGCUCGACAGAACAUCGAGGAGAUGGUGGAGAAAGACUUUCUGGAGGGCCUCAUCAAGACGUGAGAACAAAAGAGGAGGCGAGCUCCAAUACACCUGAUCACUAGUGAAAAACCUCAGCUUGUACAUAAAGAUCAAUAACAGGAUAUGAAGGGUUAACACUUUGUACAUGUUUUGUAUUUGGAACGAUUGUUUUACUUUUCAGAAGCUACUGUAUUUAAUUUUAAUAAUUGUAUAUAUGGAGCAGCUUUUAACAUUUUCAGUGAUUCCUUUAGAACAAAGUGAAAAUGCUGAGUCAUUCCAUGUUAUGUGACUUAAUAAAAAGUUUCUAA